UGAAAGCGAGAGGGCGAGAGAGAGAGAGAGAUUAAGAGAGCAAGAGGGAGAAAGUGAGACGGGCUGAGAGGAGAACAGGAGGCUCUUAGUGUCCUAGUUCUAAGUUAGCUGUGUAGUAGCUGAGUAUUGACUACAACACAGAUCCUGGUGAAGAGCAGUUAGGAGAACAGGAGGAGACAGGAAUACCAAACAAACAGGUGAGUGUAUCAGAUUACACUUCUGAGUGCCAUUUGUCUACAGAACAGCCAUGGCAGGCCAGAGAGGAGUUAAAUCUGUGAAGAAAUCUUCUGUCCCUGGGGUAAAUAUCACACAGUUUGUUGAGGAUAUUCCUAAAGGGUGCAGCACUCCUGAUUUUGAACGGAAGCCAAUUACCUUAACAUUACAGGAAGGUAAAAAUGCCAUUUUCCGAGCAGUGGUCAAGGGGGACCCAAAACCAGAGGUGGUAUGGAAACGUAAUAAUAAGGACAUUGAUGAUUCCCCCAAAUACCAAAGAACUUUCAGUCCUGGCACAAAUGAGUUCAUCUUGCAGAUAAACAAAAUCACUUCAGACGAUUCUGAUUUAUACCGUUGCACUGCAGUGAAUCAGUAUGGGGAAGCCACAUGCACUGCUGGGCUCAAGAUUAUACAGGUUGGCUUCAAGAAGAAAACAAAGGAGGUCCCUGCUGCACGUCAGGGAGACUUGAAGAAAGAGAUUCAGGACUUCAGAAAAACAUUAAAGAAACGAGCACCAUCAGCUCUUCCUAAGAAGGAAAUUGACAUGGAACAAGUCUGGCAAUUGUUGCUUAAUGCAGACAGGAAAGAUUAUGAAAAAGUCUGCUUGAAAUAUGGUAUUGUUGACUUCCGUGGGAUGCUGAGGAAGCUUCAGGAAAUGAGGAAGGAGAGGGAAGACAAGCAAGCUCAGUAUAUCUCCAGUAUCACAAACCUGAGGCAUGUCAGAGUCAAUGAGGAAAAAGGAAAUGCUUCAUUUGAUCUAGAGAUGGAACUGAAAAAUCCAGAAAGCAGAAUUUACCUGUACAAGGAUGGCCAAAUGAUCAAUUUUGGGUUUGACAGUGAUACUGUGAAGCACUGCUUAAGGAAGGUUGGCAAAAAGUACAAUUUCAUCAUCAAUAAUCUGCAGCCAGAAGAUGCUGGGGUGUACCAGAUCAAAGUGGAAGAUGUUGAUGUCUUCUCAACUGAUCUGGAAGCAGAAGCUAUUCCAAUGAGUUUCCGCUAUCCACUGGGUGAGGUGCGAUGCCACGAGCAAGGAAAUGCAGUCUUUCAGUGCACCCUCCAUGAUGCCUGCUUCAAUGCUGUGUGGUUGCACAAAAACUGCCAUCUAGAGCCAAGUGACAAAUAUGAUAUCUCUGUCUCAGAGGAUGGCUUGAUUCACCGUCUGCUCAUCAAAAACACACAGCUCUCUGACAAAGGAACUUAUACGAUUGACAUUGGAAGCCGCUCUUCAAGCGCCUGGCUUGAGGUUGAAUCUGCCAAAGGAAAGAGAAAACAGACUGAAGAAGACAGUGAUGAUAAGACUGGUUGGAAGGGCAAGCUACUAGAGGAAGAUGUUGCUAAAAAACUUCGUCAAGGAGAAGGGCAUGAAAACCAAGAUUCCCUUUCAGACUUCAGAAUGGGCAAAGAUGGGCAGUUUAGCAAUGGUCAAGAUGUCAGUGGAGAAUUUUAUGAUUCUUUGGGAAAAGAUGGAUCUCUGGGAAGAGAAGGGAAGAUGGGACAAUUUUCUGGAACAGGAAGGAAUAUGGCAGAAGGGAAUCAGUUUUUUGGAUUUGCAGGGGAGAGUGGUGGCCUUAUGGGACUUGAUCAGAACACUAUGCUAGGUGGAAGUAGUGUUAGUGGAGGUCCAGGUGGUUUGGUUGACAUGGGAGCACUGUAUGGUAAGGAUGCUAUGAUGGGUGGGGUAUCUUCUGGUGCUGGAUUUGGAGGUGUAGGUGGACUACAUGCUGUACAGGGACAUGGUAUUGGUGAUGCUGGAGCUGAAGCUGGAAUUGGUGGUGCUGGAGCUGGAAGAGGAGAGGUAGAGGGAUUUUAUGACAAGAAAGGAGUACUAGGUGGUCCUGGUGGUCGUGCAACCAUGCUUGAUGAUGUUGGAGGUCUUUAUGAUAAGGAUGGUGUACGAGGUCAUGGUGGUACGAUUACUACAGGAGCUUCAGAUGGACUCCAUGUCAAGGAUGGUAUGCUAGCCGGAAUUGGAGGUGCGGUGGCCAGAGGUGGGGUCUGUGGAGAAGAAGGUAUGCUAAAUGGGGUUGGUAUCACCAAAGAUAGUGCAGGGAGUAGAAUAUAUGGCAGAGAUAGUAUAUUAGAUGGUGCUAGUGCUGGUAGGUUUGGAGCUGGGCAUGAUAGUGUGGGACGAUACUAUGGAAAGAAUAUGUUAUCUGGAGUAGGUGCAGGUACACCUGGUGGUGCUGGGGAUGUAGGAGGACUCCAGGGCAAGGAAGGUGUGUUCACAGGAGUGGGAAGUGGAGGACCAGGAGCUACUAAUGGCAUGGCUGUGUUGUCUGGCAAAGGUGGUAUGGUAGCUGGAACAAGCAGUGGUGGAGUUGGUGGUGCUGGAGGUGUAGAUGGGUUCCAUGGCAAAGAUGGUAUACUGGCUGGUGCAGGUGCUGGUAGAGCUGGUGGUACUGGAGGUGUAGCAGGACUGUAUGGCAAGGAUGGCAUGCUAGCUGGAACAGGCGCUGGUGGUGCUGGAGGUGUAGCUGGACUUUUUGGCAGGAAUGGUAUGCCGGCUGGAGGUGGUGCUGGUGGACCUGGAGGUAUUGGAAGUGUACCUGGAUUGUAUGGGAAGGACGGUAUGCUAGUUGGAGCAGGUUCUGGUGGACCUGGAGGUGUAGCUGGACUCGAUGGCAAGGAUGCUAUGCUAGUUGGAAUAGGUACUGGUGGAGCUGGAGGUGCUGGAGAUAUAGCUAGACUCUAUGACGAGGAUGGUAUGCUAGUAGGAGGUGGUGCUGGUGGACCUGGAGGUGUUAGAGGAGUAGUUGGACUCUAUGGCAAUGAUGGUAUCCUAGCUGGAGGAGGUGCUGGUGGACUUGGUGGAGCUCACAGUGUAGGUGGUCUGUAUGGCAAGAAUGCUAUGCUAGCUGGAGUUGGUGUUGGUGGACCUGGAGGUGCUGGAGGUGUAACUGGACUCUACAGCAAGGAUGGUAUGCUAGCUAGAGGUAAUGCUGGUGGAUAUGAAGGUGCUGGAAGUGUGGCUGGACUGUAUGGCAAGGAUAGUAUGCUAGCUGGUGGUGCUGCUGGUGGAUGUGAAGGCAGUGGAGGUGCAGCUGGACUGUAUGGCAAGGAUGGUAUGCUAGCUGGAGCUGGUGUUGGUGGGCCUAGAGGUGCUGGAGGUAUGGCUGGAUUCUAUGGCAAGGAUGGUAUGAUAGUUGGAGCCGAUAUUGGUGGACCUGGAGCUGCUGGAGGUGUAGCUGGACUCUAUGGCAAGGAUGGUGUGCUAGAGGGGGUUGGUGUUGGUGGACCUGGAGGUGCUGGAGGCGUGGCUGAACUCUAUGGCAAGGAUGAUAUGCUAGCUGGAGCCGGUGUUGGUGGCCCUGGAGGUGCUGGAGGUGUAGCUGGACUCUAUGGCAAGAAUGGUGUGCUAGUUGGGGUUGGGGUUGGUGGACCUGGAGGUGCUGGAAGUGUGGCUGGACUCUAUGGCAAGGAUGGUGUACUAGCUGGAGGUGUUGCUGGUGGAUCUGGAGGUGCUGGAAGUGUGGCUGGACUCUAUGGCAAGGAUAGCAUGCUAGCUGGCGGUGGUGCUGGUGGACCAGGAGGUGCUGGAGGUAUAGCUGGACUGUAUGGCAAGGAUGGCAUGCUAGCUGGAGGUGGUGCUGGUGGCUUUGGAGGUGCUGGUGGUAUAGCUGGAUUCUUUGGCAAAGAUAAUGUGCUAGCUGGAGGUGGCGCUGGUGGACCUGGAAGUGCUGGUGGUGUAGCUGGACUCUACAGCAAGGAUGGUAUGCUAGCUGGAGGUGGUGUUGGUGGAUCUGGAGUUGCUGUAGCUGUAGCUGGACUCUAUGGCAGGGAUGGUGUGCUAGCUGGAGCAGGUGCUGAUGGACCUGGGGGUGCCAGUGGUGUAGCUGGACUUUAUGGCAAGGAUGGUAUGCUAGCUGGAGGUGGUGUUGGUGGAUCUGGAGUUGCUGUAGCUGGACUCUAUGGCAGGGAUGGUGUGCUAGCUGGAGUAGGUGCUGAUGGACCUGGAGGCACCGGUGGAGUAGCUGGACUGUAUGGCAAGGAUGGUAUGCUAGCUGGAGGUGGUGUUGGUGGAUCUGGAGUUGCUGUAGCUGGACUCUAUGGCAGGGAUGGUGUGCUAGCUGGAGCAGGUGCUGAUGGACCUGGAGGUGCCGGUGGUGUAGCUGGACUGUAUGGCAAGGAUGGUAUGCUAGCUGACGGAGGUGCUGGUGGACCUGGAGGUGCUGGGGGUGUUGCCGGACUGUAUGGCAAGGAUGGUAUGCUAGCUGGAGUACGUGCUGGUGGACCUGAAGGUGCUGGUGGUGUUGCUGGACUGUAUGGAAAGGAUGGUAUGCUAGCUGGAGUAGGUGCUGGUGGACCUGGAGUUGCUGGAGGUGUUGCUGGACUGUAUGGCAAGGAUGGUAUGCUAGCUGGAGUAGGUGCUGGUGGACCUGAAGGUGCUGGGGGUGUUGCUGGACUGUAUGGAAAGGAUGGUAUGCUAGCUGGAGUAGGUGCUGGUGGACCUGGAGUUGCUGGAGGUGUCGCUGGACUGUAUGGCAAGGAUGGUAUGCUAACUGGAGCAGGUGCUGGUGGACCUGGAGUUGCUGGAGGUGUUGCUGGACUGUAUGGCAAGGAUGGUAUGCUAGCUGGAGCAAGUGCUGGUGCAUCUGGAGGUGCUGGAAGUGUUGCUGCACUGUAUGGCAAGGAUGGUAUGCUACCUGGAGAUGCUGUUGGUGGACAUGGAGUUGCUGAAGGUGUAGCUGGACUUUAUGGCAAGGAUGGUAUGCUAGCUGGAGUAGGUGCUGGUGGACUUGGAGGUGCUGGAAGUGUAGGUGGACUCUACGGUAAUGAUGUUACGUUAGAUGGUGAAGAUGCCAGUCGAAUUGGUAGUCCUGGAGGCAAAAGUGGACUUUAUGGUAAAGAUGGUGUACUAGCUGGAACAAUUGGUAGGGGAGCUCCUGCUGCUGGAGCUGGGCUGUAUGGGAAAGAUGGUGUACUAGCUGGAACAGGCAUUGAUGGUGUUGAGAGUGUAGGUGGAAUCUUUGGUAAAGAUGGUAGGCCUGCAGGAGCUGGUGUUGCUGGGCUUGGUGGAGGAGCGAUAGGUGGCCUUUAUGACAGGGAUGGGAAAUUAGAAGAAGUUGGUGCAGGAGGCAGACACAUUGAUGGAUCACUUCCAGGUGUUCCUGGAGAGGAGUACCUGAGUUACAAUCAGCUGUAUGAUGGUGAUAUCCAAGCUGGUGACAGAAAAAGACAGCUGUCUGGUAUUGAUGCCAGUGGACUUAUUUCAGCUGAUGUCUCAAGAAAGAGGGACAGGAAGGGAAGAGGAGGAAGUCUGCUUGAAGAGGAUAUGAGAGAACCACAUUCCCGUUUCACGCAAGGUUUAUUUGAUGUCCGUGCCCAGAAAGGAAAGUCAGCUGUCUUAUCAUGCAGUCUCAACAAUGAUCAUCUUGAGGGAACCUGGUUUAAAGAUGGCUUCAAAGUAACAGGACUGGAAGGCAUCUCUGUUGAGAAGGAUGGUCCAGUCCAUAAGCUGAUAAUAGAUGAAGUACAAGACAGUCAUGCUGGGAAAUACAAAUUUGAAACUGAAGGCAUCCGCACAGAGGCAUCUCUUUUUGUUGAAGACCCUCCCAAUGUUGACACUGCUCUCCUGGAAAAACUGAGGAAGGAGCCUGUAGUGGUUAAGGCAGGAAAGAAUGCCUUGGUCAAGAUUCCAUUUGAAGGCCAGAAACCAAUCAGAGCCACUUGGCUAAAGGAUGAUGGUGCACUUCUGGAUGAUGUCAGGAUCCACACUGACCAUUCAGAUAACUUCACCCGACUUUCCAUAUCCAGCACCAACCGAAAGGACUGUGGGGAUUAUAAAGUGAAGCUAAAGAAUGACAGUGGAAGCCUGGAAGCUACUCUUAAGCUAGUAGUGAUUGACAAGCCACAGCCACCUGUAGGUCCAAUAGAAGUUGUUGACACAUCCGCAAGUGGCAUCACAAUCCAGUGGAAGCCCCCCAAAGAUGAUGGGGGUAAACCAAUACAGAGGUAUAUUAUCGAGAGGCAGCAGGUUGGCAGAAAAACUUGGCUAACAUUGGGAGAAACCAGAGGAAGCAGCACUGUUUUCACCACCAACAAAGUGGAACAUGACAAAAGCUAUUACUUCAAGGUGAAAGCAGUGAAUGCUGAGGGAACCGGUGAGGCCCUUGAAUCGGAGGAGGUGAUGGCUGCUACCAAAGUUUUUCCUGGCCCUCCUGCUCCUCCUAAAAUUGUCAGUGCCAACAAGGGUGCCAUCAGUGUCUCCUGGGCACCACCACAUAAAACAGGCAACUCAAGGAUCUCAGGCUACACAAUUGAGAAAUGCAAAAAGGGCAGCAACACUUGGACCCCCGUCAGUGACUUGCCCAUCACAGACAGGAAGUACACAGUAACUGAUCUGAAGGAAGGCCUGCAGUAUGAAUUCCGUGUGGCUGCUAUCAAUAAUGCAGGGGUGGGUGAGGCUAGCUCACCCUCAGAAGCUGUUUUUGCUCGUGAUCCCAUGAAACCUCCAGGUCCAGUGAGGGAUCUUAAAAUGGUCAGUGCUGACUACACCAGCAUCUCCUUGUCAUGGAUGAAACCAGAAUCAGAGGAAGAAAGCCAAGCAAAGGGCUAUAUUGUAGAAAUACGACACUCUGACAUUCUGAAGUGGACCCAGUGUAAUCCUGUCCCAAUACCAAUGGCUAGUUAUACAGUGAGAGGGCUAAAACCCAAGGAAAUGUAUUUCCUGCGUGUGAGAGCAGUCAACGAUGGAGGUUUGGGAGAUCCAGUUGAACUGGACACUUGCAUCCAAACUGUUCCUCCCUCUGUCCAUCCCAAGCUCCUAAUAAAUGACACUAUGAAAAGCUUCAUGAUGGUCAAAGCUGGGAAUACCAUCCGUGUGCGCAUUCCUUUUGAAGCUUCCCCAAAUCCUGAAGUGAUUUGGUUGAAGGAUGGGCUUUCUCUGCCCCAUAAAGCCACAACUGCUACCAGAGAAGGCCUCACCCAGAUCAUUGUACCUGGAGCUGAGUUUUCUGACAGUGGCCUUUAUACCAUCACCCUCCAAACUGAGCGUGGAAAGAAAGAGACUUUCAGCUUUCUAGUUCAAGUCACAGAUGUCCCAGAAUCGCCCGGUCCUAUUCAGCUGGUUGAGAAUGUCCCUGAUACAGUGACUCUGAUUUGGGAGCCUUCGCCAACAGAGAAAAGAGAAAAUAACCUCUAUUAUAUGGUCAUGAAACGUGAUGCCAGCAAGGGAUCAUGGGAAAUGGUAUCUGAUCUCAUUUACACCAACAAGUGCACCGUCUCCAAUUUUGUCCCAGGCCGAGAAUAUUAUUUCAGGGUUUUGGCAAAAAACUACAUGGGAAUCAGUGACCCUUCUGAAACAGUACAACCUUGGAGUAUUCACCGAGCAAAGGGUAAAUUUGAAGUCAGGCUUCCAAGAUAUAAGGGGGUCAACCAAAACCAGCCUCCGCGAUUUCUUGUCCAGCUGAAACCACACAUUGUGACUUUAGGAUUUGAUUGUCACAUGAGCUGUGCAGUGACUGGAUAUCCAGUGCCACAGAUCACUUGGUACAAGGAUGGCAAGAGCCUCUCCCAGGAUCCUUCUUUCUUCAGCAAAAAUGAUUUUGGGGUCUGUUCCCUUGUGAUCCCGGGAGUCACACCAUCAGAUGAAGGAGAAUACAAAGUGGUUGCCAACAAUGCACUCGGCCAGGCAGUCAGCAAAGCUAUUGUCACCAUAAAAGAAUCUACUUUUUAGUAUGGAUUCCACUAUACCAGCUUUGCUCAGCCAGCUGCAUGAAAAUGCUUUCCUGUAGGACCGACUCAGUAACUGAAAGAUGCAUAUUUAUUGUUAUCGGCACAUGUGGAAAAACAGCCUUAAGAAGACUAUGUUUGGUGUUGUGCGUGUGAUCAAGGAAGACUUUUUUUAAUUACAAUUUUUGAUAAAAAGAAAGCCUUUAAAAGAAAAACAAUGCAUGCAAUUCUACUCAAUGGACCUCUGCAGUACUGAACGCUGGUCUCAUCUCAGACUUCAGUGGAAACAACACAAUGGGACAGGGAGAAAUAUGGCUGGAUGGUGGGCCACAAGAGAAGAUGGUUUUGCAGUAUUGAAAGAAUUAUUUGAUGCAUAUUCACAGGGCUGCAUUAUCUGUUUAAGCAGAAUGAUGCUGUGUAAGGAGAUACCUGUUCAUCCUAGUGCGCUUUGGAUUUCAAAAGUUUUGUCCCCUCCCAAAUGGGGUCUGUUGGAAUAUGUGAUUUAUGUAUUUGGUGGAGUAUGGACUAAAUGAUUUUGUUCUUGAAUACAAGGUCUUACUAGAGAUGUUUCAACCUUCACUUGGGGCACACCUUACUCGUGUUGUGGUUUAAAGAUGUAGCAACCUUGCUAAGGAGGCCUGCAUCGCAACACUUGUAUGGGAUGCCUCCUCAGACACUCUCUUGAAUUCCACAAAAAGUGGGGAUGAAAAUGUAAUCAAUCGUCCUUCUUGAAUUAAAUAUUGGUUUAACAAGAAAUAUUUGGGAGAAUGCCACCUAAGCAAUAUCUCCAGCACUGGAGGUAGAUUCUUAACUGAGACUAACUUGAUAACAGAAAUGAAAUUUUAAAGAAAGGGUAUGCUUUACUGAUUUUCAAACAUGUGUCCUGGUGGCAAGUAACAAGAUUAAACUUUUUUCACUUGCUGAACAGUGCUCUACAUCCUGAUGACUUCUAAAAUGAGAUCCACCUCCAAGACAAAAUUUUUGCUGUAUGUAUUUUCUAUAGAUGAUUUAAUAAAUAAAAAGAUGACUAUUUUUUUAAAAAGACAUUUAGUUGACAGUCUCUUUAAAUAAGAGACAUAUGUAUGAUGGACAUAUAAAGCUGCCUUAUAUUGAGUCACACCCUACUCAGCAGCUCUGCAGGGUCUCAGGAUGUCCCAACUGGAACAACAGCAGGAGAUGUUAGAGACUGAGCCUGGAACCUUGCCUAGGCAAUGCAUGUGCUCUGCUAAUGAGCUACAGCCCUUCACCCUGUCUGCACCCAAAGUGUUGCCAGUCUUCAAGGCAUAGUUGUGGUGAUUUUAGUGGAUUUUAUCUGAGACAGGAGAAUCCACUGAAGUUGCACUGAAUGAAUGAUAGCUAAAAAGAAAAACAAGUUCACAAGGGUACCACUCUAGAACUUCAAUGCUCAAUGAGCUGCCAAACAGUAGGAUUGGAGCAUAGAGAAAAGAAGUGGCAUUCACUGAGGUCUCAGAAUGUUGCUUACUGGAUUCCAAAAUACUGAUGUUUCCAAAGAGUUUUGGUUUUGCCUCAGUAUUAAUACUGUGUGGGCUAAAGAGAUUCAGAUUGGCAGUACAUGAGGUUCUUUAACUAGAGAUGCAAAAGACUGGACUUGGGAUAGACAAAAAAUGUACUAUAUAUCACAUAGCUUUGGCCCCGCUUAGUUUCUGUUGAGAAGCCUUGUGUGGGGACAUCAAUGCUUCUUUGCAGUUCACCAUGCCUCUUCAGGUUUUCACAAAGCAACCAGAUUCUGCUCAUUGCGGUAUUUGAGCAGCUGAAGUUCACUGACAGAGCAAUAAAAUGCAGUCCACACAAUUCAUACUUAGACAAGUUAAUGCUAUCAAUCCUCCUGCUUCAAGAUCAGUGCAAUCCUAAGCAGUUAUUCCAGUCUAAGUCCACUGAUUUCAAUGGGCUUAAACUGGAGUAACUCUGUUUAGAAUUGCACUGCGUGCAAGCAAAAUGCAAGGCAAACACUACUUGAGAUAAAUCAGGAAGAAAAAUCCCUGAGUUCUCCACCAGAGGGACGUUUACUACACAGCUAGCCAAGGCCAAAAGCGGGAGCUCUGAUAAAGCCUUUGUGGUCUUGAUUUUGUAUCUGCCAUUGAAAAAGUUGCUAAGGCAGGGAAAUGGUUUCCCUCUGCUGUUUAUUUGUUGUUUUAAAUGAAGAAAAAUAAUAAGGAGCAUAAAUACAUGAAAAACUUCAGCAAAGGCCUUGAACAUGCAAAAUUGGACAUUUGCUUCUUCCUGGUAAAACAGAGAGAAUUGAAACUGCCCUAUUCAUGUUUUUUUAAUUACUGUUGAUAUCAUCAUUGGAAUGCCAAAACUGGUUUCAAUAAACUU